GGUGUCGCUGACACUGAGCAUCGGUACCAGCAGCCCUACCUGCAGCCUCUGCCCUUGCCACCCCCUGCUCAUUACGAGCUCGUGGCGGAGGCGGCUGCUUUUGGGGCUCACCGGGGAGCCCCACCUGAUCCUCUUCGGGGGGCCCGGGACAGGACGCCACCGUUACUCUAUAGAGACCGCGACAGAGACCUUUAUCCUGAGACAGAGUGGGUGCCCCCCCCACCCCCUGUACGGGAUAGGAGUAAUCGGGCAGCUGCCUAUGACCCACUGGAAAGCCUGGAGCGCCGCCGGGAUGGUUGGUCCUUGGAGCGGGACCGAGGGGAGAGGGAAUUGGGCAGUAGUAGUAGGGAUCAGCCUAGGAAACGGAGACUGGCGGAGGAUGGAGGCCGGCACUUGGACCGCUCUCCAGACAGUGAGCGCUCCUCUUCCUCCCGGAAGCGUCACUGUUUAGCCACAACCUCUCCACCGGACCGCAGCCCCGAGCUCCUUGGAGGGAGGGAGCGUUACAGUAGUGACCCCGAGCGCUCAUCCUCCCGCUUGCUCCUCUUGGAGCGGCCCUCGCCUGUCCGGGAAUCGCGCAGGGGCAGCCUGGAGCGGGGUCAGAACGAAAAGCGUGACCGCAAGAAUUCCGCCGAACGGGAGCGGAAACAUCGCGCUUCUGCGGCAGCCGCCGCGCAGGAGGGCCAAAAACAGCAGGAUGGAGCGUCGCAGGCCGGGGGAGCCCCCAAGCUGUGCUUGGCUUGGCAGGGGAUGCUUCUGCUGAAGAACAGCAACUUCCCGUCCAAUAUGCAUCUGCUUCAGGGGGACCUCAGCGUUGCCAGCAGUCUCCUCGUGGAGGGAGCAACUGGUGGGAAAGUAGCUCAGCUCAAGAUCACCCAACGUCUUCGUCUGGACCAGCCCAAGCUGGACGAGGUCAAUCGUCGCAUCAAAGUGGCGGGUCCCAACGGCUACGCCAUUCUUUUGGCUGUGCCUGGCGCAUCAGACAACCGCUCAGCAGCUGGAGCUGCCGAGGCCGCUACCACCUCCACCCAGAGGCCACUCAGGAAUCUGGUGUCCUAUCUAAAGCAAAAGCAGGCUGCUGGGGUGAUCAGCCUCCCUGUGGGGGGUAACAAAGACAAGGAGAACAGCGGGGUCCUGCACGCCUUUCCGCCCUGCGAUUUCUCCCAGCAAUUCCUGGACUCCACGGCCAAGGCGUUGGCCAAAUCAGAGGACGACUAUCUGGUCAUGAUCAUUGUCCGUGGGGCGUCCUAAGGCCCUCAUGUUCUCUGUACCCAACCCUGCCUACUCCUCCACACAGCCCCUCCAGCGUGUGCCAGGUGCUAUGGGAUACAGCCUUAGCCAGCCCUGUCAUUAUUUUAAAUUAGAUCUUUGUUUGUAGGUGACUUUCCCUGCCCGUUUUUCUGUUACUACAUUUUUCUAUAAAGUUAGAAGCCAGAAAGGUUGGUUAGCCGUUAGCGUGAAUAGGAUAUUUUGAGAAUCCCCUGUCAGUGGGGAUAGCAGGGAGGCUAGGCCUGCUUUGAUUUACAAAAAAA